CUGUAAACGCUCAUUUCUGAGAAAGCGUGUCUAACGCGCAACGGAAACGGUGCCUUUUGAGAGACAUUCCCAGCAUGUCUUCCCAAACCACUGAUCCCCUUUUACUUUUUACCCCACCAACUAGUUCUCCUGGUGGACUACCUACUAAUAGUGAUAACGUUACAGUCGCGUCCUCCAACGUUCCGAUGGCUCCCAAGACGCGUCCAAAAGCAUCCUUUUUCAUAGAGCCUCCUGUCUUGUCUGACUUGCAGAGGAAACAGUACAAACCUGUUCCUGAGGAAUUCAAGGAAGGCGUGCCUUUCGACAGGGAUGACAUUGACGCGAUUGUAGGUGAAUCCCGGGAGGGCACCGAUUUUUCCUACUUUGUGCGUUUCAACGAUGGGCUAGCAUAUAGACUUCCUGCUAGUGACUUCAAGGCUGAAUAUGCUGACCUAGUUGAGGAAUACGAUCAAAAGAAAGAUGCUGGAGAGCUCGACGAAUUUGACCCAUCCUCUAGCGCGGUACACGAGGAUUCUCGCAUGAGGACAAUCAUAACCAUAGAUAUGGUCAAUUGUGUUGCCCGGAGUACAAGCACUUGGGGAUAUACCUCGGCCUCGUCCUCCCUGUCUGAUCUUACGGAACCUUCUGAAUCUGAUCAGCAAGAGGACGACGACCGGAGCGAGGACGAAUAUCGCCAGGACCAGAGCAUGCCCACCCGCAAAGCCAAUUCUAGGCCUAUCCGAGCUGCGGCUGCUAAAGGUAGAAGGACGUCACGCGUUGCAACUCAAACAAAGCUUCCUUUCAGCCCCAAAAAGUUACGCAGCAGGCAUGUUCGCCGGUAUAUGACCGAAUCGGAGGAUGAAUUGGCAGGAUAUGAGCAGGAGGACGUCAUAGAAGUCAUUCCAGCUCGCAGGUCGGCUCGUGAGCGCAAGAGCGCAAGAACUAACCUUGCAGAGGAUUAUGUUGAUGAGGCUGGUGACAGCGAAACCGAUAGCGAAUCGUACACAGAAACUUCCAAGAGGGCUGCAAAGUCCAAAGCAGCCGUGAAAAGUCAAAAGCGACUCAAGCGGGGACCUGUUUCCCGACCUGCCUAUGGCAUCUUUCGUUCUGUUGCGGAUCUUGAGUUUGAUGCCUAUGAGGAGGAAGACACCGAGUUGCUGCGCGCUCACCGGGAUAUUUGCGAGAAAUGUCACAAAGCACCUGCUCAUGUGCAGUUGAAAAAACCGAGGAAAGGCAGGAGAAAGAUUCGCAAGGAAGACGACUAUGGGUCCGAGGAGAAUGAAGAUGAUCUCAUCCAGUCCUUGGGUGGCUGGGUUCGAUGCCUAAAGUGUCCAGUUGCAGUUCAUUGGCGCUGUCUCGCAAGGACCCAGAAAGAUGAGGUCACCCGUGCAGCGCGUGCGCGUGAUAAAGAGGAAUGGAAGAGUGAACAGCCAGACGGUUACGAUGGCCACGAGCCUCCAGACUCCGAACUUCCGAAUCGCAAGGAGCUCGAUAUUAUGCAAACCACGGAGUUCAUAUGUGCCAAUUGCAUGAAGGGCGGUAUUUGUAUGGGCUGCAAGGAGAUUGCCUUAGAAGCCGAUUCAUCCAUCAUGAGACAGUCCACCGCACCACCUGCCGUUUCGAUAUCCAAACCCACAGGGCUUGCUCAGGACAUCGAAAUGGUUGACGCCACGCAGACUUCUUCGAAUGCCGCUAAUAGCGUAUCGCUCCCUACAAGGGAGCUUGUCUACCGGUGCUUCACCUGCAAGCGUCUCGCCCAUUAUAGCCAUCUUCCUAUCCCAGAUACCUUUGAACCUGGUGAUCCGGCUUCUGUGGACGAUGUCAAACUUGCAUCCUUCUAUCAGCUCGAUACUGGAUGGCGUUGUGCAGAUUGCUUCUCGUAUGAGUACACCGUAGACAAGAUCCUUGCAUGGCGUCCAUAUCCUGCCAAUGCCGUUGAACCACAAUAUUCGCUCACGAAUCUUCCAGAGCCCAAGAGCAUGUUGCCUCGGGAGUACCUCGUGAAAUGGAACGAGCGAAGUUAUCGGCGCGCCCAAUGGGUUCCGCACAUGUGGCUGGCGUCUACAACAUAUAUGAAGCUUAAAAACUUCAUUGCGACCGGGCCCAAAGUAGAAUUGCUGGACAACCCUGCUCCUGAACAGAACGCCAUACAGGCUGAUCCUUCCGCGAAGGAUAUACCAACUCAGCCAGUCUCAUUCGAGGCCAGCGCGAGUCAGACUCCUGAGGUGGAGGUCAAGUCCAAGUCGGUAUCGUCACUAAGUCCUUUGCCAGAUGCAGAGCGUCAUAUUCCUCCUGCAUGGAAAACCACGGAUCGUGUGCUGGAUGUCCUUUUCUGGAAAGUCAACCCGCCGGGGCGCAGAAAGAGAGGCAAAGGGAGCUCGGUCGCGGAGAGCGAUGAAGAAGCGGAUUUGCCUCUGGAGCUCCUGGAUCAGCUGGUGAAAACGCAGGUGAAAGGUGAACAACCUAGCGAUGACUACGUGGAGACUGUAGAUGAUUUUUUGCGCACUGUUGAUAAGUCGGAGCUGGACAUCAAGGACAUCAAGUAUGUCGCAUGGGCGUUUAUCAAAUGGGACGAUCUGGGCUACAAUGAAGCAACUUGGGAUUCUCCCCCUCGGUUUGACGAGCCUGGUUACCUGGCAUUCGAGGCAGCUUUCCAACGCUUUAUAGACUCGCUAAAGGUUUUCGUUCGAAAAUCGGCGACGGACGUCAAGAAGCUAGAAAGCAGAGUGAAGGAUGGAUACGGACAGCACGCCCUUCGUCAGAAACUUCAACCUAAGCUUGGUCAGAACAGUCAACUCCAGCUCAUGCCAUUCCAAAUGGAUGGCUUUGACUGGCUCUGUGACAAUUGGUGGAACUUGCAGCCUUGCAUCCUUGCCGAUGAGAUGGGCCUGGGUAAGACAGUCCAAAUCGUGACUUUCCUCGGGACUAUCAUCGAGAAAUGGCAGGCUGCUCCUGCCCUUGUCAUUGUUCCCAAUUCCACCAUCACGAACUGGAUUCGAGAAUUUACUCGUUGGGCACCAAAUUUACGAGUAGUACCCUUCUACGGGGAAGCGAAGGCUCGGGACGUGGUCAUUGAAUACGAGUUGUUCCAUCCCUCCGACCGAAAGGGUGGUCCAGAACCCAAGUACCAUGUGAUGGUGACCACUUACGAGACGCUCACCAACCCGAGGGAUUUCAACUCGGUGUUCAAGAGCAUUCCGCGUUGGGAAGUUCUUGUUGUGGACGAAGGACAACGCUUGAAGAGCGAUCAUAGUCUGUUGUUCAAGAAACUCAACGAGCUGCAUGCGAUUCAUCGCGUCAUCAUGACUGGGACACCUCUUAACAACAAUAUUCGCGAGCUCUUUAACCUCAUGAACUUCCUCGAUCCAACAGAAUGGAGCGACCUCGAGGCCUUGGAGAAGGAGCAUGAAGAAUUGAAUGAGGAGCUAGUGCGGCAGCUGCAUAUUAGACUCAAGCCUUACUUCCUGCGGCGCAUCAAGAGCGAAGUUCUACAACUUCCCCCUAAGAACGAGGUCAUCGUCCCCCUUUCUAUGGCUCCUCUGCAAAAGGAAAUCUAUAGGUCUAUCCUCAGUCAAAAUUUGGACAUUCUCCGAAGUCUGACCCAGGCUGCAACUACUAAAGCGGGAAAACCCUUGGUCGGCAAGGCCAAUUUGAAUAAUAUGUUGAUGCAACUUCGCAAAUGCCUUCAGCAUCCGUAUCUUAAUUCUGAGGACAUCGAGCCUCGCAACCUCACCCCUGCAGAGGCUCAUGAGAGACUGAUAGGUGCUAGCACCAAAUUGCGGUUUUUGAGGAUGCUCUUACCCAAACUGAAGGCCAGAGGUCAUCGCAUAUUAUUGUUUAGUCAGUUUGUUAUGGCGCUUGAUAUCAUCGAGGACUUCAUCAGAGGUGAAGGCUACAAGUACUUGCGCCUGGAUGGAAACACCAAACAGGCCGAUCGCCAAAAGGGCAUGGACGAGUUUAACAAACCUAACUCGGAUGUUUUCAUCUACAUGCUCAGUACUCGAGCGGGCGGCGUUGGAAUCAACUUGUAUACUGCAGAUACGGUCAUCAUAUUUGACCCUGAUUUCAAUCCUCACCAGGACUUGCAGGCCAUAGCUCGCUCUCACCGGUACGGACAAACGAAGACAUGCUUGGUGUUUAAGUUCAUGGUCAAAGAUUCGGCUGAAGAACGGAUCAUGCUAAUGGGGAAGAAAAAACUUGUUCUCGACCAUUUAAUUGUUCAGAAGAUGGACGACGACGACGGUGCUGGUGAAGAUCUUCAGUCGAUCCUCACGUUUGGAGCCAAAGCCUUGUUUGAGGAAGGUGAUCAGUCUUCGAAGGACAUAAAUUACGUCGACAAUGAUGUUGAGAAGCUCAUCGAGAAGAUUGAAGUAGAGGGUGAUCAACAGGCAGCCACCAAGGAGGCUGGGCUCUCCUUUGCGUUUGCCAAAGUAUGGGCGGCAGACAAGGAUACCAUGGAAGAGAUCCAAGAGGAUGUCCCAGAUACGGAACAGGGCGAUUCUUGGGCCCAAGCACUCGAGAGGAUAGCCGCUGAGAAAGGUGCGGAGCAGGUAACCGAAGUCACAGGCAGAGGCGCUCGCAGGAAGGCUGCUGCUAUAUUCCCUCAGCAAAAGCUAGAUCACAUUGAAGGUCUUGAGGACACGCCCGACAUGAGCAGGAAAAAGAAGAAACAUCGACCUUCGAAGUCAGACGCAUCCAGCGAUUCCGACGCUUAUGCGGGCACGCCUGGCGCACAAGCGACCGAUUCGAGUGCUAGCUCGAUGGACAUGGACGUGAUUGAGGAAUUAUCAACGAUCUCUCACAAGGCCAAGAUGAAGGCCAAGGCUAAGACUAAGUAUCGAGAACAGGCCUCGGUGAGAGAAGAUGAGGAUAUACUGCUUUGCGGUCUUUGCAACACACGCCAUGGAAAGGGGAUCUGCUACAUGACCGAAGACUCCACCAAUCUGGUGGAGUACAGGGAAAUGCUGAUGAACCAUGAUUCGGAUGAGCCAUUGCCAGUCAAGACAGCUGCUAUUGCUGCCAUAGAAAAGACGCUUGUUUUAAGGGGCCAUGGCCAUCUUCUUGCUGGUCAGCCGCUCAAACUUGUCGCAAAUAGCAAUGGCAACCAUGCUACUGUCAAGCAAAAAAAGAAACGUGCUCGUGAUGCAUUGGGUGUUCAGAAACCGAAAACAGUCUCGUCGUCCAAUCCAUCCACCUCUUCUUCUGUGCCCCCGCGAGGACCUAUGCUCGGAUCUUCGUCCACCACGCCGCUCCUAAUAUCGCCUCCUCGCCUUUCCAGACCCAUAGACGAGUCCGAGAAAGUUGGGCGACAGACGACACUGGAGUUUUCCAUCACGGAUAAGGACAGGGAGAGGAAAAAUAGAACCGUUCUGCCACCCGUUCUGCCUUUGAAACGAAGGCCAUCACCUGUGCAUGUGGGGGAGUCAUCAUCCUCCAAGAAGCAUAAAUCAUCAAUCGCGCAAUGCCCAGUUUGUGGAGGUCCAUAUCACCACGUGAAAGAUUGCCCCAUCAUGGCACUUGGCCCUCGCAGGUGAUGUGCGGCGCCUUGUAGUGUAUGUAACCUCCUGACGUUCACCCAACAGUAUCACUACACAUAUCCUACGGUUGGAGCAGGACCCUUCACAACAGGCCACGGUGAACAGUCUCAAGAAACAGCUCAGACGGCAGCGGCAGAAGCAGGAUGCUGAGGAAGCAGCUCGUUACAGUGGGUUUGGUGGCCCUUCAAUGUUGGCGUGAUUUCUCCAGUAGAGAGAGUGCAGAUCAUUUCUCAUACUUUACACGCUGCCUCAUAAUGCUAGAUACGCUAUAUUUUGAAGCAUACAGAUAUCAAUGAUUUCAUAGUGACUACGUCGUCUGUAACUCCGGAGU